CUUCAACCUCCUGCAAUGCUUCCUGUGGCUUCUGGCACUAGAGGCAGCAGCCCGGACCUGUUCCAGGUUGGCCUAGCGCCUCCAGGAAAUGCAAAAGAUAUCCUACUGCUACAUGAAGAAGAUGCUAAGGAAUGGGCUCUGUACUUGAGAGAAAUAUUUAUGCAUGUUGUUGAAAGAGAAGCAAUCCUGUUAUAUCCCUUGCACAGAUUUUCUUCUUCACAUUUGGAGGUGCUAAACUUAAAUGCUUACAGAUGUAAACUCCUGAUAUUAUCUAAUAGUCUACGUAAAGACAUGACACCAAAGAAGUGUCAGUUUCUGCAGAAGAUACUUCACUCAACAGGAAGUGUUGUGACUCUGCUUUGUGGGAUGGAGAACUCAGAUCCUUUCUAUCACUUGUUAAAUAUCCCCAGAAGGAGAUGGGAGAUGUCAACAGAGCAGGAACCUGACGACUACAUCUCUGUCAUCAGACAAAUUUUAGACCAAGGUCCCGAAGACUACCUUGAGGUCACCAUUCCAACAGACGCAAGAGCAAAAUAUUCAGAGGACAGAAGUGGACAGAAAAGAACUGAUGACCUAGCAGUUUUGAGACCAUCUGUACUAGUGCUUCCUGGGGAAAUUUCAUGCGAGAAUCCUGGUGAGAUAUUCAUUCUGUUGAAAGAUGAACUAAUUGGCGAAAUUCUAGAGGUUGAAUUUCUAUCAACCAGCAAGUGCCUCAGAACACGACCAGCACACUGGAAUAAGAGUGUCUGGCAUAUGAAAGCUGCAGAUUUUCCAGCUGGUUCAGUCACUGUCAAUAUCCACUGUGAUGGAAUCAUGAAGGCCACCACAGAGAUUAAAUACUUUUCAGCAGCAAAAACAACAGAAAGUCCAUUUAGAGUGUCAGACCCGGGCAAGAGUUUGUGCCAGAAAAGCAUCGAAGAGCUUGAUAAUGUUCUUGCAUCUAUAUUCAAGCGCGAGCUACCAUAUUAUGAAUUCAAACAUCUGAAAACUGAAACUUACCCUCAAAUAGAAUACACUGAUGCCCAAGAACUCCCAACACUCCUCCACUGUGCAGCAAAAUUUGGCUUAAAGAAUCUGGCUCUUCAUCUUCUGCAGUGUUCAGGAGCAACCUGGGCAUCUAGGAUGAAGUCUACUGAUGGGUCAGACCUGCUGCAUAUUGCUGAAAGGCAUGGCCAUGAAGAACUCAAGACAAUCUUUGAAGACUUUCUUAGCCAAAACACUGGCAGAAAUAAUGAGCAAGAAAAUGACUACGAAGAAAAUGUAAUCUCACUUUCCACGUAUUUACCCUCCAUGCAGUCUCCAGCAUCUCAUCAUGAACUCAGGAAGACACCCAGGCGGAGCACAGACAGAUCUGAGGAGUCUGAAAGGUCUGUGGACACCAAGGAGGAAGAAGCAAGUGCUGAGGCAAGACUCAGCCUGCCAGAGGUCGACAGGGAAUGCUCUGAGAACCAAUAUGAUGAUCUGUAUGUGUUCAUCCCUGGGUUUGACACCGAAGGCAACUCUGAAGAGCCUCUCCCACACUGCAGGCCACCUCUGCCCCCACCACGCCCAGGGGCUGCUGCCUCCCAACUAGAAAGACCUCACUUUACCUCACGAGGGAAGGUUCUGGAAGACCAGAUGGAAAGAAGUCAAAACUGGAAUGAUCCUAAUGCAAGACAAGAGACAAGAGAGGAGCCCAGAAGAGAAGAAAAGAAAGAAGCACAGGAGGAUGAGGAAGAAGAAAACCCAUAUGCAUUUGCAGAGACUGAAGACAAUGAGUAUGACCUGAUACUGGCCAGUAAGAGUGUCAAGAAAAGAACUGGAAAUCGGUCUUUCAUUAUAAACAGACCACCGGCCCCCACACCCCGGCCCACUCACAUCCCUCUCAAAGAAGAAACAACACCUUACAUAGCUCAAGUGUUCCAACAAAAGGCAGCUAGAAGACAAUCUGAUGGUGAUAAGUUCUACAGUCUCCCUAAGAAACCAGACAAAACUCGGAUGGAGGGCCCAACCUUCCCUGGUGCAAGAGAUUAUCUGACCACAGGGCAGGAAGAACUGAUCCUCCUGCAGGAGGGAGUCAAGAAUGGGAAAAUGUCUGUGGAUGAAGCUCUAGAGAAAUUUAAACAUUGGCAGAUGGGACAGAGUGGUCUGGAAAUGAUUCAGCAGGAAAAGCUACGCCAGCUAAGAGACAACAUUAUUGGGAAAAGGCCAGAAGAUGAAAACGCCUAUGAUAAGCUGACCAUUGUGCACCAUCCAAGUGGGAAUACUGCUCACAAUGAAAAUACGUCGUACAACAGUCCCUUUACCAGUAAGUUUCCUGCUCGAAUCCAAGUUGAAAAGGAAUUUGGUUUCUGCUGCAAAAAAGAUCAUUAAAAAAGACUAUUAUAAUCAAACUCAAGAAUCUGCAAACAUGUUGCAUCUAAGUGAAACAAGCCUGAUUCUGGAAGAUACGGUCUCCAGGGCUAAUCCACAUGUGCAAAGGACACAAGCAUGCCUUUGGAUUUCAGGAUGUGUUAGCACCACAAUUUAUUGGUACUGUACCACUUCAGAUGGAUAUAAACAUAACAAAGAUGGAGACUUAUAGCAUUCUCGGAAAAUCCAUUUAUUUUUACAACAACUUUUGCCACUGAAGCACCUUGUUUUCCCAUCUUGAAAAUU